CGGUGAAGUCAUGCAUGACAAGCAGAGGACAACGUACGAUACAAUCAUCGUAUGAGUGUAACAUCAGCUGAGUGUGUUGGAUUGGUGCGUUAUAUUUCGGGUUUCUCGUAGUCAUUUUCUGAGAGGUGAACACUUAUCCAUAUAUUGAAAUGUCGGCCAAAGCGAUCUAUGAGGCUACAGGAAAGGAGCUUGUCACAAGCAACAUAGACUCCAGUGAUAUAGCAAAGAAUAGGUAUGUCACCAUUACUGCAGACAGUGAUUGGGACAAGAUCACAGCUGAAAAUCCAUGGCUCUUAACUGAGAAACUUGUUGUAAAGCCAGAUCAACUGAUAAAGCGUCGGGGAAAACUAGGACUCAUCAAAGUAAAUGUUGACCUCGCUGGUGUCAAGACGUGGCUAGGAUCAAGACUCAAUCAAGAAAUCAAGAUUGGAGAAGCUACUGGUUUACUGAAAAACUUUAUCAUUGAGCCAUUUGUUGCUCACAAGGAUGAAGAUGAAGUGUACGUUUGUAUCUACUGUCAAAGAAACUGUGAUGUCAUUCUCUUCCACCACGAGGGUGGUGUUGAUAUUGGAGACGUAGAUGCUAAGGCUGUUAAGAUGGAAAUUGAAUUAGGGUCAAAGGUCACAGCUGCUCAGGUCAAAGAAAAGCUACUUGCAAAAGUUACACCUUCAAAACAAGAAAUGAUUGCAAAGUUUAUAGCACAGUUGUACAAGCAAUUUCAGGAACUGUACUUUACCUACCUUGAAAUCAACCCUUUAGUUGUUACUGACAAGAUUUACAUCUUAGACAUGGCAGCUAAAUUAGAUGCCACAGCAGAAUACCUUUGUAAAAGCAAAUGGGGUGAAAUUAAUUUCCCACCUCCAUUUGGAAGAGAAGCUUUCCCUGAGGAAGCAUACAUUGCAGAUUUGGAUGCCAAAAGCGGAGCAUCUCUUAAGCUGACAAUCCUCAACCCCAAGGGCCGAAUCUGGACAAUGGUGGCUGGAGGAGGAGCUUCGGUCAUCUACAGCGACACCAUAUGUGAUCUUGGCGGUGCAUCAGAGCUGGCUAAUUACGGCGAAUACUCUGGAGCACCAACGGAACAGCAAACGUUUGAGUACGCUAAGACUUUACUGAGUCUAAUGACAAAGGGCGAGAAACAUCCUAAAGGAAAGGUUUUGAUCAUUGGGGGCGGUAUUGCAAAUUUUACCAAUGUUGCAGCUACAUUCAAGGGAAUUGUGCGUGCCCUCCAGCAAUACAAAGCAAAGCUGCAAGAAUAUCAAGUAUCUAUAUUUGUUAGGAGAGGUGGACCAAACUACCAAGAGGGGUUGAGGGUAAUGAGAGAACUUGGAAGCAGUUUGGGUGUACCAAUGCACGUCUAUGGUACGGAGACACACAUGACAGCGAUUGUCGGCAUGGCACUUGGUACACGCGAGAUUCAAGACGAAAACAAAGGAGAUCAAAUGACAGCAAGUUUCCUAUUGGCCGGAAGUGCUAAAUCCCAAGAUUCAGCUACGCCUGCAGCCAGCAAGGCAGAAAGCAGUGUUGCAUGUAAAGAUACAAGUUCCACCACCACUGAUGCACCUUCUACUGCCCAGGCCAGCGAUUCAAAGUCCUCCAAGCCUCUAUUCAGUAAUGAGACCUAUUCUUUAAUCUGGGGACUUCAACCAAGAGCUGUACAGGGUAUGCUGGACUUUGACCACUCAUGUCGCCGACGAGCGCCCUCUGUUGUUGGAAUGAUCUAUCCAUUUACUGGUGACCACAAACAGAAGUUCUACUGGGGGCACAAGGAGAUCUUGAUUCCGGUGUAUAAGUCCAUGGAGAAAGCCAUGAAAACCCAUCCAGAGGCUGAUGUACUCAUCAGUUUUGCCUCACUGAGGUCUGCCUAUGAAAGUACCCUUGAAACUCUUAAAUAUAAGCAGAUACGAACAAUUGCGAUUAUCGCUGAAGGUAUUCCCGAGAAUAUGACACGUCACCUUAUCACACUUGCAAAUAAUCAAGGUGUAACAAUUAUUGGUCCUGCCACUGUGGGAGGCAUUAAGCCAGGUUGUUUCAAAAUUGGCAACACAGGGGGAAUGCUGGAUAAUAUUCUUUCAUCAAAGCUCUAUCGCCCUGGAAGCGUAGCAUAUGUGUCCCGCUCAGGAGGCAUGUCCAACGAACUUAAUAACAUUGUAUCCCGUCAUACCAACGGUGUAUUUGAGGGUGUUGCCAUUGGGGGUGACCGCUACCCAGGUUCAACCUUCAUGGAUCACAUCAUGCGAUACCACAAUGACCCAAAUGUCAAGAUGCUUGUUAUGCUUGGAGAGGUUGGAGGUAUUGAGGAGUACCAAGUGUGUUCUGCUAUCCGUGAUAAACGACUCACCAAGCCAAUUGUAGCAUGGUGCAUUGGAACAUGUGCUAGUAUGUUUACUUCUGAAGUUCAGUUUGGCCAUGCAGGUGCGUGUGCUAACGGAGAAGCUGAGACUGCACGAGCCAAGAACAAAGCACUUGAAGAGGCUGGGGCUUAUGUACCAAGAAGCUUUGAUGAUCUUGGAGAAAAGAUUGGGGAAGUGUACAAGAAACUUGUAGAGGAUAAGGUGAUUGUUCCAAGUGAAGAAGUUCCACCUCCUACUGUCCCAAUGGACUAUUCCUGGGCAAGGGAACUUGGCUUGAUUCGCAAACCUGCAUCAUUCAUGACGAGUAUCGUGGAUGAACGUGGUCAGGAGUUGAUCUACGCCGGUAUGCCAAUCACACAGAUUAUGAAGGAAGAGAUGGGCAUUGGAGGCGUACUAAGUCUACUCUGGUUCCAACGCAGACUGCCGACAUAUGCCACUAAGUUCAUAGAGAUGUGUCUGAUGGUAACAGCUGAUCAUGGCCCUGCAGUGUCUGGAGCUCACAAUACCAUUAUCACAGCCAGAGCAGGAAAAGACUUGGUAUCGUCACUCUGCUCAGGUCUCCUCACAAUUGGAGAGAGAUUUGGUGGAGCACUGGACAUGGCAGCAAAACAAUUUAGUGAGGCUUAUGAUUCUAACCUCAUCCCCAACGAGUUUGUUAAUGAGAUGCGCAAACAGCAUAAGCUUAUAAUGGGCAUUGGACACAGGGUGAAGUCGAUCAACAACCCUGACAUGCGAGUCGUUCUACUUAAAGAUUUUGCUCAGAAGAAUUUCCCAGUCACACCAUUGUUGGACUACGCCUUACAGGUGGAGAAGAUUACAACUGCAAAGAAACCUAAUUUGAUCUUGAAUGUUGAUGGAUUCAUUGGUGUCGCCUUUGUAGACCUUCUUCGCAACUGUGGGGCGUUUACUCCUGAAGAAGCAAAUGAAUAUGUAGAAAUUGGCGCCCUCAAUGGUUUGUUUGUACUUGGAAGGAGUAUGGGAUUUAAUGGCCACUAUCUGGAUCAGAAACGUCUGAAGCAGGGUCUCUACAGACACCCAUGGGAUGACAUCUCAUACAUUCUGCCUGAAAACCUUCCAGACAUGCAAUAACUUUGACCUAAAUACUUUCUGUGUCAAUGUAAGGACUAAAUAUUUCAAAAGAAGUUCUGUUUUUUUCUUAUACAUCAUUGUUUUAAAAAAUAAUUCAUGAAAACCAUGUUUAAAAAUAGUUUCCCUAUUUCUCUCUCUGUAAAGAGAUGUUGCAAUAAAGAUCAACUAGUUGUUAUUAGAUUAAAAAUUGAAGUAAUCGUUACCAAAGUAGGAAUUAAAUAAUUUAUGAGAAUAAACAAAUUAUUGUGACAAUGAUUGGGCACUGACAUGAAUAUUCAUGUAUUCAUUACAUCCAUGGAUACAUAUGUAUUCAUUGGAUAUAUGAAGGCAUGAAUAUUCAUGUAUUUAAUGAAAUGUUAGCUGUGUCUUGUAUGAUUAAAGCAGUUAAGUCCCCUGUCUUGUGUAAAUUUAGCUGGUGGUAAUGUAACCUGUGAGUUAUAUAGGGCCUAAUUAAAUGAAAUAAUACCACAGUGAAAGGAAUAGUGUUCUAAUAAGUACAGUUAAAGUAAAGAAUGGCUCAGUUAUUUUAUGUUGUUUGCUUCACAAAUUGAAGUUAAUUCCUACAUAAAUUGGAUUUCAUGAAAAAUUAAUGCCUUCACAACUUAAGUUUUCUUUUCUAAUUCAUUUUCCAUUUUAAAUCAAUUGUUUAU